CGUAGAAAAACGCGUCAACGAGAUAAAAACGCGUCUCCGGCCAAGCUGCCGCUUCAAUUGAAUACACGUCGUGGUCCAAGUUCAAGCCAAAAGACCAGCUUCGUCAUCAGCCCACACAUUUGAACUUGAAGAUUUUACAAGAUAUAAUAAUUUUCAAAAAUAAAAUACCUGUGCCCAUUCCAAAAACAGAUUUAAUUAAUUAACGUCGCUUUAACGAGACAUAAAAAACAUGCAAAUCAUUCGACAUCACAUAAUCCUUUUCCUGGGACUAUUCUUCCUGCUUCAAAUGAAUGAUGUUUCCGGUGCCAAAAUAAAAUUACUUGGCUUUAAGGGACCACACGCCGGCUUCUUUGGUCUCAAAGUUCGUACCCCCAAACAUCUUGGUCUAAAGUCUGGCCUAGUGGGUGGGGCAGCUGGAUUGGGAGUAGGAACCGCCAUCGGAACCAAGCUUGGAGCAGCCGGCGCAGGAUUGGCCGGAGCCGCUUUGGCGGCACCUGCUUUGCUCGGAGCCGGAUUGGUGGGGGCAGGUAUAGGCGCCAAGCUGGGAAGCGCACAUGCUGGCGGCGGCGGUGGAUAUGGUGGUCCUGGCUACGCGCCCGGAUAUGGAGGACCUGGAUACGGCGGAGGAUACGGUGGUGGAUAUGGCAGAAGCAGUGGUUAUGAACACCAUGAGUAUCACCACGAAGAGAGCCAUUACAGUAGCGGAGGUGGCGGCUAUGGAGCCGAGCCCUGGGGAAAAUAGGAUAUUCUAAGUUAAAAUCAUUUGUUUGCCAUUAGAAUCCAAUGCUAUUGUUAUUUAGUUUUAAUUCAUUUGAACAUUUACAUUGACAUUGUUAUAAACAUAAUAAAAUCUGAAAUAUUUAAAAACCAUAAAUUAAA